CCACAAGAAUAACACACAGCAGAGACGCGGGACGCGGCGGAUUAAUUUACCACGACUUAUUACGGAGUAGAAAGACUGGAGCCUGGAAGACGAACACAGGACGCACGGAGCAGCCGAUCAGAGACGUAUAGGAUCGAAUCCCGAGCCACCGCCUACACCGCCUAUAGUCUUUGAGACAGACAGGACCGGCUGUGCUUAUACCGUAAAAAGCCCCCAGUUGCCCAUAAUCUCCGCCGACUUCUUCCAAUUGAGACUUGAGAAUUGAGAGUACCCCUGAAAAAGCCCACAGGGUCCUGAGUUCACCUAUAUAAAGCUGAAUUUAGUUUUCUCUGCUGCUGACUAGCAUUCAUCAUCAUCAUGACUUACGGUGAACAGGAAGAGAACCUCAAAGUUGACAAGCAGUUUCUAUCGUCUCCCAUUAAGAAUGUAGUUGACAAGUUUCAGCUUCUUCCCGAAUUCUUGAAGGUGAGAGGAUUGGUGAAGCAACAUUUGGACUCUUAUAAUUAUCUCAUUAGGACUGAUAUAAAAAAGAUUGUCAAAACAAAUAAGGAAAUUAGAUCGACAGUUGACUCCCGUAUUUUUCUCAGGUACACAGAUGUUUGGAUAGGUAGACCAUCAGUUAUGAGUGAUGGUACGGAAAAGACAUUGUUUCCAAAUGAAUGUCGGCAAUCAGAUAAAACCUAUGCUGCUCCUAUAUAUGUCAAUAUUGAUUAUGUAGUGGGGAGUAAUGGGCAAAUGACCCCUGCAAGCAAGGCUAAAGUUUGCAUUGGAAGGAUGCCUGUCAUGCUAAGGAGUUCUUGUUGUGUCCUGUAUGGAAAAGAUGAGGAUGAAUUGGCACGCCUUCGUGAAUGUCCACUUGAUCCAGGAGGAUAUUUUGUUGUCAAAGGCACUGAAAAGGUUAUUUUAAUCCAAGAGCAGCUUUCCAAGAACAGAAUACUUAUUGAUACUGACAGGAAGGGCUGCGUUCAAGCGUCUGUUACAUCCAGCACAGAUAAUAUAAAAAGUAAAACAGUCAUAAAAAUGGACAAAGAAAAGAUUUAUCUGGAGUUGAACCAAUUCAAAAGCAAGGUUCCCAUAAUGAUUGUUUUGAAGGCCAUGGGUAUGGAAAGUGAUCAAGAAAUUGUGCAGAUGGUCGGAAGAGAUCCUCGUUAUGGCUCUCUGCUUUUGCCUUCAAUUGAGGAAUGUGCUGCCAAUAAUGUGUAUUGUCAACAACAAGCAUUGCAGUUCCUUGAUGCUGAUAAGAUUCUUAAACCUUUUGGAUACUCAACUGGUUCAUUUGACAAGGGAGGAGGGCGUGCAUUGGAAAUUCUUAAAAAAACAUUUCUUGCAAACAUCCCGGUGCAUGACAAUAAUUUCCGCAAAAAAUGCAUUUAUGUUGCGGUGAUGUUGAGACGCAUAAUGGAUGCAAUCCUAAACAAAGAUACAAUGGAUGACAAGGACUAUGUGGGGAACAAACGGCUAGAGCUCUCAGGGCAGCUAUUGUCCCUUCUGUUUGAGGAUUUGUUUAAGACCUUUAAUGAUGAGGUCAUAAAACAGGUUGAUUCGGUCUUGGCAAAGUCUUCCCGGUCUAGCAAACUCGAUAUUUCUCAAUAUUUAAUUAGGGACUCCAUUACCCAAGCCCUUGAAAGAACUUUAUCCACAGGAAAUUGGGAUGUAAAGAGAUUUAGGAUGCACCGAAAAGGCAUGACACAGGUCCUAACUCGGCUAUCAUACAUUGUAUCAUUGGGCUUCAUGACCAAGAUUCAACCCCAAUUUGAGAAGUCCAGAAAAGUUAGCGGGCCUAGAGCAUUGCAACCAAGUCAAUGGGGCAUGCUGUGUCCUUGUGAUACCCCGGAAGGUGAAUCAUGUGGAUUGGUGAAAAAUCUAGCUUUGAUGACUCAUGUUACAACAGAUGAAGAUGAGCGCCCAAUUGUUUCUCUGUGCUAUUGGUUGGGGGUUGAAGACCUAGAACUUCUUUCUGGGGAAGAGAUUCAUACACCAAAUUCUUUUUUAGUUGUAUUGAAUGGACUCAUUCUUGGCAAGCACAGGAAGCCGCAGCGGUUUGCCAGUGCCAUGAGAAAGCUACGGAGGGCUGGUCAAAUUGCCGAGUUUAUAAGCAUCUUUGUGAAUGAAAAGCAGUCCUGUGUGUACAUUGCUUCAGAUGGAGGCCGGGUCUGUCGUCCACUAGUAAUUGCUGACAGGGGCAUUCCAAGGAUCAAAGAGCAUCACAUGAAAGAAUUGAGGGAUGGUGUGCGCAACUUCAACAGCUUCUUGAGGGAGGGUUUGGUUGAGUAUCUUGAUGUAAAUGAGCAGAACAAUGCGUUGAUUGCUCUGUAUGAUAAAGAAGCUACCCCAGACACAACACAUAUUGAAAUAGAGCCUUUCACGAUCUUAGGCGUUAUUGCUGGUUUGAUUCCUUAUCCUCAUCACAAUCAGUCACCAAGGAACACAUAUCAGUGUGCUAUGGGCAAGCAAGCGAUGGGCAAUAUUGCCUAUAAUCAGCUGUACAGGAUGGACUCGUUGAUAUACCUUUUAGUGUAUCCUCAGAGGCCUUUAUUGACAACUAGAACAAUUGAGCUGGUUGGAUAUGAUAAACUAGGUGCUGGACAGAAUGCAACUGUUGCUGUGAUGAGUUAUAGUGGAUAUGAUAUAGAGGAUGCAAUUGUAAUGAACAAGGCUUCUCUUGACCGUGGUUUUGGUCGCUGCAUUUUAAUGAAGAAAGCCAAUGGCAGUUACCAGAAGCACAAAAAUGAUACAUUUGAUAGGAAACUUAGACCACAUCGAAAUGGAUCUGAUGCUCAAGAGAUGCAGAUUCUUGACGAUGAUGGAUUAGCUUCUCCAGGAGAACUCAUUAAAGCCCGCGAUGUUUACAUGUACAAGGGAACCCCGCAUAUCACAACCGGGCCAUCAGUGCAGUCACCAAUGUCGCUUCCAGAGAGCGCAUACAAACAAGUGAAACUUUCGCUUGGUUACAACAAGUGUCCUGAAGGACAAAUAAGUGCUGUGGAUAGAGUCGCUCUGUUCUCUGAUAAGAACAACAAUUUAUGUGUUAAUUUUAUGAUUCGUCACACUCGAAGGCCGGAGCUUGGUGACAAGUUUAGUAGCAGACAUGGUCAAAAAGGAGUCUGUGGAAACAUAGUCGAGCAAGAAGAUUUCCCAUUUUCUGAACGGGGCAUAUGCCCUGAUCUAAUCAUGAAUCCUCAUGGAUUUCCAAGCCGAAUGACUGUUGGAAAGAUGAUAGAGCUUCUUGGAGGUAAAGCAGGAGUUUCUUGUGGUAGGUUCCAUUAUGGAAGUGCCUUUGGGGAAAGCAGUGGCCAUGCAGAUCGAGUUGAAACUAUAAGUGAAACCCUUGUGAAGCAUGGGUUUAGCUACAAUGGAAAGGACUUUAUAUAUUCAGGUAUUGAUGGCUCGCCAUUACAAGCAUAUAUCUUUAUGGGGCCAAUUUAUUACCAGAAGCUGAAGCACAUGGUCUUAGAUAAGAUUCAUGCUCGUGGUCAUGGCCCUCGAGCCAUGCUCACAAGACAACCUACUGAAGGAAGAAGUAGAAAUGGAGGUCUACGUAUUGGAGAAAUGGAAAGGGAUUGCUUAAUUGCAUAUGGAGCUAGUAUGUUAAUAUAUGAGCGCAUGAUGAUUUCAAGCGAUCCCUUUGAGGUUCAGGUUUGUGAGAAAUGUGGUUUAUUGGGAUACUACAACUACAAACUGAAAACUGGCGUUUGUUCAACAUGUAAGAAUGGGGAUAAUAUAUCUACCUUGAAGUUGCCAUAUGCAUGCAAGCUCCUAAUCCAGGAACUUCAAUCGAUGAAUAUCGUUCCUCGCUUAAAGUUGGAAGAGGCUUGAUUUUUUGGUAUUCACGCAUUUUUGGAAACAUGGCUCUUCAGAGACCACUGUCAAAUUCGUUGUAUAAUGUAUGCUUCUGCUUUUCUGUAAUCUGCGAGGCCAUUUCAUUCAAAUUUUUGUUAGCUUGUUAUAGUUGAGAAUAACAAGAGAUAGACAGGUAUACCUCCAUUAAAAUGUGACAGCAAGAACUUACUGCUACUUUUAUGUUAUUCAAAAGUCAGAGAUUCAAUUUCACAUUUUCACAACUAAAAAUAUGGUAGAACCCAACCAGACCAAGAGUGCGGAUUUUAAAUGGAAACAAGCCGGCUAAUGAUUCUGGAAUCCGCAUGGGUAACAGAACGGGUAUGCUUUGGUCUGGUUCCUCCAAAAUUUGCUGAGUAAUGUUUUUAGAUGCGCUUAAAAUAUUGUAGGAAUUAGAGCUAUUAGACUAGAAGUUGGGUUUUUCCAUCAUUUGCAAUGGAUCCAAAGAUUCAUUAUUUUUUGGUUUGAGAUUAUGAUGGAAUAAAGCUAAAUGGUUCACUAAACUGUC